UUAUUAGUUUGAAUUUUAUUGAAUGUUAAAUGUACAAUAUGAUAUAGUUGCCAUGUUUAAAAAUUGAAUGAUCUGCUUGACGGGGAGAUACAAAGGGGGCUUCAGAGUUGUUAGGGUUGGUCUUCAAAGUAUAACUGAGUAUUCUUGAGGUAUCGUCAAAUUUUUAGUGAGUUUACGGAUAGUGUGAAAAUUAAAGUGCUAAUUUCUUAUAAAUGUAUUGUUUAUUCUAAUUAAUGGUAAUUUAAAAAACUAAAAUUUUUAUGCUCACUCCAGCUAAGGCUCCAGCAAUCCACGGGAUUUAACAACUAAGGAAUAGUAAGCAGAUAAAUACCAAUCGCAAUAUGUAUUUGAAAAUAAUCGUUUAUUCUAACUUAUUUAUGUUAGCUCUUUUUUCUGGUGAAGUUGAUGACAAAUGCAAACCCAAUUUAGAAAUUAAUGAUGGAACAUGUAAGCUGAUAACUGAUUGUGAGGUCGCUCGAAGCUCAAUCAAAAGCAACCGACGGCAUCCCUUUGCCACCUGUGGAUAUAGUGGUUUCAAUGAGAUUGUUUGUUGUCCGGACGAUCAAAAAGUUAUGGUUGUAGCAUCAAUAAGGAAAUAUCCUGAAAAAUAUUCAAAUGUAGUGAAAUUUGCAGAUAAUUUUGGUGAUGAAAACAAUAGAUCAUUUGUAGUAGCUGAUAGGGCCUGUGAAGAAAUAACAAAAAAUCGGCUACCUCCUCUUGGGUUACAAAUAAUUAAUGGUGUUGAAGCUUCUCUCGGAGAAUUCCCACACAUGGUGGCUUUAGGAUACGGUGGACCGGAUGUGUAUGAGUUCAAUUGUGGUGCUUCGCUGUUGUCAGAGCUGUAUGCCUUAACGGCAGCGCAUUGCGUCGACACGCUCAAUCAAAUUAAACCAACUAUAGCCCGUAUGGGUGUCGUUGAACUUGAUGAGCAGACAUUUAAUCCGAACACUGAUCACAGGAUAGCAGAUAUAUUGAUACACCCAGGGUACUCGAGACGCACUAAAUAUCAUGACUUGUCAUUAGUGAGGCUAGAGAGACCAGUGCAAUUUGACCCUUUCUUAAGUCCAAUUUGCUUGCACACGCGUUUUCAAGAUCCAUUUGAAAGUCUUACUGUAACCGGAUGGGGGACAACUAGUAGUUCAAGGCUGACAAGGAGUACAACCUUGAUGAAAGCCGAUGUGACUGUUGUUUCAAGGAGCGAAUGUAAUAAAUCAUUCAUUAACUGGCCGAAAUUGCCCCGUGGCAUAAUUGACGGACAAAUAUGCGCAGGAGACACGAGAUCGGAUACUUGUUAUGGUGACUCUGGUGGUCCAAUGCAAUAUCCUAAUGACUACGACGGCCAGUACCGUCUCGUGGGUGUGACGUCAUUCGGUCGCGGAUGCGGAACAGCAAUGCCGGGUGUCUAUACACGGGUAGCAUACUACAUUAACUGGAUAGAAAAUGUAGUAUGGCCGGCUGGUUUAAACACUUGGACAAGUUGAUCAUUGGUACAUCUGAAUUGAAUAGAAUAAGACAGUAAACUGUUUGAAAUAAUGCUUUUUAACUAAUUUUUAACAUGUCAUUGCAAAUUGCGAUGUUAUAACUUGAUAUGAUCGUCAAUGUUCACUGAAAAAUCUUUUAAAUCCAAAUACUAAUAUUGCUCCUUUUAAAUUAUAUAUAUUUUUUAAUGUUAUAGAUUACUUUUGAAAACGCUUUAUACUAAUUAAGUCAAUGUUAUAUACCUACGACUAAAAAUUAAAAAAAAAAAACAAUAUUAUGCCUCCAUUUUGACCAAAAUGAAAUGAC